UAGAAAAAUCAACAGUGAGUUUGUGAAUUUCUGGAACAUUCCACGGAGACCGAGGUGUCACGCAUCAUGUAACUCGGUAAGCUUCCAAAACGUUAAAGAUUUAACAAUUCUUAGACACGAUCAUCACCUUCAGAUUCUCUGCACAAGCUCUAUGAACUGUGAAGAACAUAGUAGAACAAAAGAAGGAGAAGAAGAAAAAUAUUGUGAAAGUGAAGAAGAGAAACAGAGAAGAACAACAACAAGCACCAGCACCAGCACCAUCACCCAAGAUGGGUGUGGACUAUUACAAAAUCUUGCAGGUUGAUAAGAUUGCUACAGAUGAUGACUUGAAGAAGGCUUAUAGAAAACUCGCCAUGAAAUGGCACCCUGAUAAGAAUCCAAGCAACAAAAAAGAAGCUGAAGCUAAGUUUAAGCAAAUUUCAGAAGCCUACGAGGUGCUAAGUGAUCCUGACAAGAGAGCUAUCUAUGAUCAAUAUGGAGAAGAGGGUUUGAAGGGUCAGGUUCCCCCUCCUGAUCCUGGUGGUGGUGGUGGUGGUUGUGGUGGCAGCACUACUUUCUAUUCCACAGGAGAUUUCCCAGGAUCGUUUCGAUUCAAUCCAAGGAAUGCUGAUGACAUUUUUGCAGAGUUUUUUGGGUUCUCAAGCCCCUUUGGUGGCAUGGAUGGGAGAGGUUGUGGUAGUGGCAUGAGAUCCAGGUUCUCUGGUGGUAUGUUUGAUGAUAAUAUGUUUGGAUCUUUUGGGGAAGGUGGAAGAGUAAAUGUGAAUCAAGGUGCAACGCGCAAAGCUCCUCCCAUUGAGAAUAAGCUUCCCUGUACACUUGAGGAGAUAUAUAGAGGGACAACAAAAAAGAUGAAGAUCUCUAGAGAGAUUGCAGAUGCCAGUGGCAAAACCAUGCCCGUGGAGGAGAUCUUGACCAUUGAUGUUAAGCCUGGUUGGAAGAAGGGGACAAAGAUCACAUUCCCAGAGAAGGGUAAUGAACAGCCAAAUAUAGCACCUGCUGAUCUUGUUUUUGUCAUCGACGAAAAGCCGCAGAGUGUUUUCACCCGCGAUGGAAAUGAUCUGAUUGUCACCCAGAAGAUAUCACUUGUCGAGGCCUUAACUGGUUACACAGUGCAGCUCACUACCUUGGAUGGUAGAAACUUAAGCAUACUAAUCAACAAUAUUAUCCAUCCCAACUAUGAGGAGGUUGUCCCAAAAGAAGGAAUGCCACUCUCUAAGGAUCCAUCAAAGAAAGGGAACUUGAGGAUAAAAUUCAACAUCAAGUUCCCAACUCAGCUCAAUGAUGAACAAAAAGCAGGAAUCAGGAAACUCUUGGCUGCCUCAGCCUGAGAUUGAAUAUAGAUGGUAUAUAGUACUUAGAUAUGCCAAUAAAUUUGGUUGUUCUAUAUGUAUUGUAGCUUAGUCACAAAAUUUUGAUGAGAAAUUUCCUUUUUCAUGGUUUUCUCACAGCUUUUAAAUUCUUUUAAUCGCAGUGAUCAACAAUCAUUGCCAUGUUCAAAUUAAAAGAAUGAGCUUCUAGUAGUGAUCUAUCUAUUAUAAUAUAUAAAUUCUAAAUCUAUCUAUUAUAAUAUAUAAAUUCUAAAG